GUCCAAGUAAACGCAAACACUUCUCUUCCUUACAAAAGCCAGCUUUUACCAAACAAGAUACUUAGGAAAUAAUAAACAUCUUAAAAAAUGAGCUCUUAUAAUCUUUCUUCCCUUUCCAUUAUCUUUUCUCUAAUAUUUUUCUUGAUCUUUGAUCUCACUGUUUCCAGGUCUUGUAGUAGGCAUUGUGGAGGAAUCCACAUCCCGUACCCAUUUGGAAUCGGGGAGGACUGCUACCUCAACAAAUGGUACGAAAUUAAAUGUGAUCAUAAUCACUCUCUUUCAGUCUCAGGGAAGCCCGUCCCUGUUCUUUCACUGAUCGGCAAGGAAGUUGUGAAUAUCUCUCUUCCGGAUAAACUCUUCUCGUCGUAUGAUUCUGAUCGCCUGCCAUAUGGGAAAGUUCGAAUAAGAAACCCAAUGACAUCAAAGGGGUGCUCCAGCAACGAACAAGAGUCUACAUCACUUCUGAACUUGACGGGGAGCCCUUUCUACGUUAGUGACAGUAAUACACUCAUAGCGAUAGGUUGCAAUAACAAGGCGUCCUUGACAAAUGUCGAGCCAAGCACCGUGGGAUGCUUCUCCAGUUGCCUCCCAACAAAUCGUACGGCUUCAGAAGAUUAUCUAGAGACAGUCAAUUGUAAUACUAAGAGUUACACCGAUGACGAAGGCUACGCGUAUUGUAGUGAAAGAAGAUAUAUAAAUGAAACAAGCUGCAACGGUAAUCGAUGCUGCAAGGCAAGCAUGGCCGGUAGUAUUCAACAGGUUGUUGGUGUCAAAAUAGAUGAUAACACCACCACAAGAGGAGGGUGUAAAGUUGCCUUCUUAACAUUUGAUCAGGCAUACUCUUUAUUAGACGGAUCUGAUCCAAAUCUGGUUCUUGCUAAACGAUAUUCAACAGUUGAGUUAGGAUGGUUCAUCCAUACAACGAAUCUUUCUUCCUUCUUAGACUCUCUAAGAUGUAUGCCUAUGAGAGAGUACCUAAAUCUAAGAAGUAGUGAACACUAUAGACGGACUUACGGAAUAAGUUGUGCAUGCGACUAUAAUUCUUCUUUUCCUAAUGAUGCAAGUUGCAGAUGCAACAGUGGUUACAGGGGAAACCCAUACACUCCGGGAGGAUGUAAAGAUUUUAAUGAAUGUGCUGAAAAAGGCUACUCAUACUGUGUGGGAGGCACUUGUGUCGAUUUGCAAGGACACCAUAAAUGUGUGUUUAGCAAUCACCGGCUUGCUAUAGGGUUCGGUUCAAGUUUCGGCUCAUUGAUCCUUAUUGUUGGAAUAUACGGGUUAUACAGAUUUAUUAGUAAACAGAGGAGGUUAAACCAAAAGAAGAAGUUCUUCAAGCGCAAUGGAGGCUUAUUGUUGCAACAACAAUUAACUUCAACCAAAGGCAGCGUUGAUAAGACAAGGGUGUUCAGCUCGAGAGAGCUUGAAAAGGCCACUGAAAAAUUCAGUACAACUAGAAUACUUGGCCAGGGUGGUCAAGGUACCGUCUACAAAGGAAUGCUUGUUGAUGGAAGAAUCGUAGCAGUGAAAAAGUCUAAAGUUGUGGAUGAAGACAAGUUGGAAGAGUUCAUCAAUGAGGUUGUCAUUCUCUCCCAGAUCAACCACAGAAACAUCGUGAAACUUUUAGGGUGUUGCCUGGAGACAGAUGUCCCUGUUCUAGUCUACGAGUUUAUUCCCAAUGGAAACCUUUUCGAACAUCUUCAUGAAGAUGAGUCAGAUGAUCACACGAUGACUACGUGGGAAGUGCGUCUCCGCAUUGCUAUAGAUAUUGCAGGAGCUCUUUCGUAUUUGCAUUCAGCCGCAUCAUCUCCAAUAUAUCAUAGGGACGUCAAGUCUACAAACAUAAUGUUGGAUGAGAAGUAUCGAGCUAAAGUGUCUGAUUUUGGCACUUCAAGAACAGUAACGGUGGAUCAUACACAUCUUACAACAGUCGUUUCUGGUACGGUGGGAUAUCUGGAUCCUGAGUAUUUCCAGUCUAGCCAGUUCACAGAUAAGAGCGAUGUCUACAGCUUUGGUGUGGUGCUUGCGGAGCUUAUCACCGGAGAAAAAUCAGUUUCUUUCUUGCGGUCUCAAGAAAAUAGGACAUUGGCAACUUAUUUCAUUCUUUCGAUGAAAGAGAAUAGGCUGUUUGACAUUAUCGAUGCACGGAUCAGAGAUGGUUGCAAGCUGAAUCAAGUGACUGCAACGGCAAACCUUGCAAGGAAGUGUUUGAAUCUGAAAGGAAGGAAACGGCCAAGUAUGAGGGAAGUGUCUAUGGAAUUGGAGAAAAUUCGUGGGUCUUCGGUGGAUAUGGAACUACAUGAGUAUGGUAGUGAAAAUGAGGAAGACCAUGAAGAACCAGUUGUGGAUGCUAACAUAGAAUUACAAUCAUGGAACAACGUUGCUGUUACUGCUCCAACUUCUCAAUAUGACGUCGGUACAUCAUCUUUGUCAAUGUCAGAUGUUGAGCCUCUGUUUCCUUUUCAAACACGGUAAUAAUUUCAACUUUGCAUACCACGGCAUUAUCUAGUGCCUUUUGCUUUUCCGUCCGAUUUUGGUGUUUAUGUAUGUGUGAUAUUGUAUUUCUUUUUUAUGAAAACCUAUGAUUGUGUAAUAAA